GGGAGAGAGGGAGGAAACAGCGCUGCUCCAAUGCGUCUGUGCAACACAGACUGAAGAAAAAAAAAACUUAUCGACUCACAAAACCAGAACCUGCGCUGCGCAAUUAGUGCGUGAAAAUUCACUUUUCCUUGGGUUUUGAAGAAAAUAAAUAAAGAAAUCAAGCUGGCUCAGUGCGUGUCUCAGCAGCCUACUUUGACAGGUGCUCCUCACCCCCUUUGGAGGACUGUCAACAGCAAGAGGAUGGCAUCAGAGCUGGCAAUGAGCAACUCCGACCUGCCCACCAGUCCCCUGGCCAUGGAAUAUGUUAAUGACUUCGAUCUGAUGAAGUUUGAAGUGAAAAAGGAGCCGGUGGAGCCCGAUCGCAGCAUCAACCAGUGCAGCCGCCUGGUCGCCGGGGGAUCCCUAUCUUCCACCCCGAUGAGCACGCCUUGCAGCUCGGUUCCCCCCUCUCCAAGCUUCUCGGCGCCCAGUCCGGGAUCAGGGAGCGAACAGAAGGCGCACUUGGAGGAUUUCUACUGGAUGACCGGGUACCAACAGCAGUUGAACCCCGAAGCUCUGGGCUUUAGCCCGGAGGACGCCGUAGAGGCGCUGAUCAGCAGCAGUCACCAGCUCCAGACCUUCGAUGGCUAUGCCAGAGGGCAGCAGUUCGGCGGCGCAGCCGGGGCAGGAGGCGCCAUGGCCGGGGAGGAGAUGGGGUCAGCGGCCGCUGUGGUGUCGGCGGUUAUCGCUGCAGCCGCAGCCCAGAACGGGGCUCCCCACCACCACCACCAUCAUCACCACCACCACCACACAGGAGCACACCAUCCCUCUUCCGGGUCCCAGUCCGGCGGCGGCGCGGGAGGAAACCACCAGCACCUGCGCUUGGAGGAGCGGUUCUCGGACGAGCAGCUGGUAACCAUGUCGGUGCGGGAACUGAACCGGCAACUGCGGGGGGUCAGCAAAGAGGAGGUGAUCCGUCUGAAACAGAAGAGGAGGACGCUAAAGAACAGAGGUUAUGCCCAGUCCUGUCGGUACAAGCGGGUCCAGCAGCGGCACGUCCUGGAAGGAGAGAAGACGCAACUCAUGCAGCAGGUGGACCACCUCAAGCAGGAGAUCUCCCGGCUGGCCAGGGAGAGGGACGUCUACAAGGAGAAAUACGAGAAGCUGAUCAGCACCGGCUUCAGAGAAAACGGAGGAUCCAGCAGCGACAACAACCCUUCAUCUCCAGAGUUUUUCAUGACGUCAAGAAAAUUCCUCCAUCUGUGAUAGAGAGCUGUGUUCGCUUGGUCCCUGCCAACAUGGAGUCUGAGAUAUCAUCACACUGGAACGCUGUUUCUUCAACAACCUACGGCACCCGGACUGCCAUAAAGCACAAUGUCUCAAAAGCGCCC